AACGACAUUUUGCUGAUCGACAUAGGCGACUUAGCUUUAUCAACAUUCUCUACAUGUGUUGAUAAAAUCGAUGUCAGUGGGAACAGGAUUGCCGAAAUUCCAAAUUUGAGGAUGAUAAGAAAGUUCAGAAAUUUGGUAAAUCUAGAUGUUUCGAAUCAGAAAAUGCAGGGAGUGACAGGUAAGUCACAUGACCUUAACUUGCGUACUGGACCUUCUAAAAGCGAGAUACCUUUUCCUUCUCUGUAUAUUACCAUCCCAAAUAAACUGACAUCAUUAAACUCCAGCCAUUUCCCGUGGAAGUUGGCCACCCUGUUCUACCACGUCCACUUCACCAAUGCCAGACACCUUAAAGAACUUAAUAUAUCUAGGAUUGGUUUGAAGUUCUUUCCCUCCUUUACAGUAAGCGGCUUGCCUGCUCUGAGAGCUCUGGAUGUAUCUGAUAAUACUUUAAUGCAUUUUAAAUUCAUGGGAACAGUUUUUAAACCUCUACAAAAAAUAGAAAAGGUUUACAUGGACGCUGUGACGAUGUCUGGGGAGGAUGAUGACCCUGAACAGUUUGACUGGAUCUCAUCGGUCUUUAAACAUCUGAAAGAAUUUUCUUUCUCUAGGAACAGGGUCGUAUCUGUUAAUCCAACAAUUUUCCAAAACUCUGUUAAUUUAACAAAACUUUGCUUGUCACAAAAUGAGUUCAAGCAAUUCCCCUUUGAUAUUAGAACCACGCCAAAACUUCAGGAAUUAGAUUUGCAAUAUAAUGCUAUCAGUCAGUUGAGUUCCAAAACAUGCGAUCAGUUAGAUCUGCACCAGUCGAAUGUCCAGCGAUUUCUGAAAUUAAAUGGGAAUAUCAUGUCUUGCGGAUGCAGAACAAUAGGAUUUGUGCAAUGGUUGUCCGAGACCUACUUGACUUUAGACAGGGGAGGUAAUUACACUUGCAUCGGCGAAGAUGGCGCCAUAUUGUCAACAAAGAACAUAAACUUAAAACAGUUAUGGCGGGCAUGUAAAGGCAAAUUGUGGUGAUACCUGACACUGACUACGUACUUGGUUUUUGUAGUAAGCAUUUUAGUCUUCAUUUUAGUUAAACGUAACAAAACAAGAAUUGUGUACUGGUUUUUCCGACUGUCUGGUUUGAACGUGCGUCUGCCGACUCGUGGCGACUUUGUGUAUGACUUCAAUGUUAUGCACGCCGACGUCGACUACAGAUGGCCCUGGUUCACUUUACGACAACGAUUGGAGAUCGAGAAAGGUUUUCGACUUCUUCUCCAUGACCGUGAUAUACUUCCUGGUGUGAAUAAAGCCGAUGCAAUAAUGCAGAGCGUCCAUGGUUCCUGGAAGACGAUCCUAUACUUGACACCGGCGUUUCUUCAAGAAGACUGGGCUUACUUCAGUCUUUGCACAGCAGCCUUUUCUAUCUCCGACCUCAUGGCUGGCAGGUUAUUGUUACUGGUGCCGCUGAGGGAGUGCAACAUUGUGUGGAUGCAAGACUCGGACCAGGAAGAAGAAGUCUUCUGGAACAAAAUAGAAACUUUACUGCUUGAAAACUGA